UGUCUGUGCAGAGUCCCGACAAUCUGUCACAUCUCAAUGGACAAAAGAACCCCCACCAAGUGCUUCUGAUGAGGUAAUCUCGUGGUCGGCGUGUAAUAGAAUCCCCCGACUGAGAGAUGGCCUUCUUCAAGAGCUUCCAGCCGACCCUGCCGUCUGUCAACAUUUCUUCCAUCCUGGACUCUGUCACCAGUCGUGUGGAUGAUCUGGCCAACGCAGUCAGCGAUGCCACAUAUGCUGUCAGCGACCAGCUCACCGAGCAGGUUACUACGAUCAUCAACAAGGUGCAGGAGGAGGAGGAGGAGGGGGAAAACAGCAGGAGCCAGGAUGCUGCUCAGGCCUCCGGCUCGCAAGAGGGAAGGGCCGGAAAUAAAAGCAUGUGGCAAAUGCAGAGAAACUCAGACGCUGGCCAGACUGGUUCAAGAAACAACCAAAACAGUGACACAACGGAAGGGCAGAACUCCCAGAGUCAACUGGAGUGGGAAUGGAGGGACGGAUGCUGGCGAGUUAAAAAGACGGAGGCCGAGCUGGCAGAAGAAGAGAUGAGGAAGAAGGAGGAAAAGGAGAUGCAGGAAAAACGAGAGCAGAGGAGAAAGGAGAGGAGAGAGAGGCAGCUGGAGAAAGAAGCAGAAACCAAAAGAAACAGAGAGGAAGCCAACGAAGGAGGGAAGGAAGAGGAAGAUGAAACUUCUGAAAAGAUAGAUGACAGAGAAGGACGAGAAAGGAAGACAAAUGAGAGUGAAGAUCCCAUAUCUGCUCAGCAAAAAAGUGAUGACUGUGAUAAAACUUCUUACUUAGCUGAUAGAGAAAUAGAAACAAAGACAUCAAAACAGGAGGAGGAAAAAGACGGAGAAGCCGAAGAGGGGCAGGAGAGAGAAGCAGACAAUGAGGAAGAGGAUGAGCCAUCUAGGUCAUCUUCUAAAGUCAAAAAGAGGAAGUCGGAUAAGAAAAAGGACAAAGAGAGUUCAAAGAAACCUCAGGAAGACUUAGAUGUGGAGAAGAAGAAAGACAGAAGCAAGAAAAGCAAGAAGAAAAAGAAAGGAAACCAAGAUGGAGUUGUAUCAAACAGCGAAGAGGAAAAAAGCCCGGAGGGUGUGACCCAGCAGAACAUAACGUCUGCAUGGAGUAAAGGCAAACAGUCCAGUGAGCAGGGAGGAUACAGCAGUGAGGCCUCCAGCGAACAGGCUGCCAGCAUUCAGAGGAUAAAGAGAGAUUCCUCUUUAACUGAGCUCCAGCCUCCACCGUACCAACACGUGAGCUCGGGGACACGCAAGUCCUCACGCUCAGAACGAGAAGUCCGGAGGCCGCCGUCCCCGCAGCAAUCCGACAGCCCUCGCUGCUCCAGCGAGGCCAGCAUGGAGCAGGACACCGAGAGUUACCUCAACAAAGGCUGUGAGGAGGACAUUCCCAGUGACAGCACUGCUGUCUUGAGCCCAGAGGAUGGUUCUGGUCUCCGGCUUCCUUCGGCCUACGAGCCAGAGCCCAUCGCACAAUACGGCACGCUGGACGUCGCCUUCGAAUACGAUUCUUCUGAGCAGUGGUUGGCCGUCACGGUGACGGCCGCCACCGACAUCCCCGCUCUGAAACAGACGGGCAACAUCGCCUGGCAGGUCCACCUGGUCCUGCUCCCCACCAAGAAGCAGCGGGCCAAAACGGGCGUGCAGAAGGGUCCGUGUCCCGUUUUCACAGAAACAUUCAGGUUUUCCCGGGUGGAACAGGAGGCCCUGGGGGACUACGCGGUUUGCUUCCGCCUGUACAGCAUCCGACGGAUGAAAAAGGAGAAGGUCCUGGGAGAGAAGGUGUUCUACCUGACUAAGCUGAACUUGCAGGGGAAGAUCGCUCUGCCCGUCACCCUGGAGCCUGGCUCUGAACUUACAGGUUGUGGCUCUCUUGUAAGUGUGUCUCGUAGCGCAGGUGCUUUGUCCUACCGCUCCACCGAAGACUCAUCGCUGCCAGAGAUCCUCCUGGGUCUCAUUUAUAACGUUGCCACAGGGCAGCUUUCUGCUGAGGUUAUACAAGGAAGCCACUUCAAAACUGCAGCUUCUGAUAAACCUGUCAACGGUCUGUUUUGUUGUGUGAAACACUUCGUAGGGGGACAGCUGUAUAUCAUGAGAGACACCUACGUUAAACUGACCAUGCUGGACUCCAAGGGCAAAGAGAUGUCCAAACGCAAGACGGCCGUGUGCCGCGGCCAGCCCAACCCCACCUACAAGGAGACGUUUGUCUUCCAGGUGGCGCUCUUCCAGCUGUCCGAGGUGUCGUUGGUGGUGUCCGUGUUCUGCAGGCGGAGCAGCAUGAGGCCCAGGGAGAGGCUGGGCUGGGUCUCCUUGGGCCACAGCAGCACCACCGAGGAGCAGCAAUCCCACUGGACAGAGAUGAGGGAGGCAGAGGGGCAGCAGGUUUGCCACUGGCACACUCUGACUGACACCUAGGAGACGCUUUAUGAGGAUUUAUGAGCAACCGUAAAGAGCAUCCAAAGCUCUGGAAGAGCAGGAAACACCUUCUGCGUACGAGUGUCCUUGUGUGCGGUGCAUUCAGGUGUGAGGGUGGAAGAAGCUUCCCGGUCCUCACUGCCAGACUGCAUGGCUGCCCUGUAACCUGUCACAGGGCUGACUACACGGGGAAGGAUUCACACCUCCGACUCCAGCCUUUUGAACGACACACUGUUAAAAAAAAAAACAACUGACACUGUAAUUCAUAAGUAAAAACAAUUUGUUUAAUAUUAAGAAAUUAUUUUCACAGCAAAAUGCGCAUGCACACCAAGUGUUUACAGGACCAACAUGACACAACACGUCCAGACGGCUUCAGCCUUUGAAUUUCGGACCACAGAGUUUGGUGCCGGACCGGCAAGACUCCUUCCAAUUUUUUUUCUGGGCUUCAGCUAUCACCAGCAUACCAGACAUUUCUCCAGCACUGACAAAAGAGGAUGCGAAGAGUGGACUGUUACAAGAGUCCUGCAACAUGCUGCAACUUAUGCUUACGAGCUGUUCUUUUUACGAUAUGUUUACAUGCACACGGCAUUAUGCAAGAUAAAUUAGUUGGUUUGCUCCGGGAUUUUUUUUUAAUGAUUUUUGGAGAAUUAUCUUUCAUGAAUUUUAUAUUUUAAAAAAAAUCAUUUGCAUAACUCUGAAACACUAUGCAUAUGAUGCAGGAAGGGUGCACUUCUUCCCUGUGCUUGCCGAGUCUCUUACGGGAUUGGACACAGACAGCUCUGCAUGCCGUCUGCACUGAAGGACAGCUUCCCUUCCUGUGUGACGCAGACUUGAGCCUGUUUCGCCGUUCAGCCUUCUGACAGCUCUGCCAUGUUCGUUCAUGUAGAAACACGGCGCAUCACGCCGGGCCGAGGAGGAGUAUGCAAAAGACCGCACAGUCCCAAUAAACUGCGAGGGCAGCACCGAUGGCAACCUCAGCUGUGCUUCCUGGGCUGGAGCGAGGAAUAAAGAAAAAGCAGAGUUAAAGACAGAAGAAUCAUAUUACUCCCCCCUCCCCCAUACCAGUGUAAUUGAAAAUGUGACGUUUCAUCAAGGCUGAAGAAAUAUUUGGCAGGAGCAGUAUAAGGUUCUACCUGUAUGUUAAAAUGCUGAUCUGUGAGAGCAGCUGUGAGUUGGGGAAGAAAAAAAAAUUCUCUCCCCUGAGGACAAAUGAAAACUCCAGAGUCACACCCAUCCCUCCACCAGCUGGCUCGGCUCCAGAGGCGUGGGCUGCCCGCUCGGCUCUCGUUCUGUCGAAGCGUGCUGCGGUCACACCUCAUCAGUGGUAUUCAUUUCAAAUUAACGAAGAACACAUCCAGAGUUUCUAACAGUUCAUUUUUUAUUUCUUUUAUUAAGAAAUUGAGUGUAAAAAUGAAAUCAUUCCACUGUUUUUUUUCCUUCUUCUUUUGGCAUCUUCAGUAGAUUAGAAAACAUGUUUCAAAGUCCAUGGCACAUGGAGAUUGUCAAAUCUGGACUGGAUUAUUUCAUAUUAAACUUGAGUUCUUUUAUUAAUAGUUUGAUAUUUUUUGUUGAUAAAAUUUCCCCCCAAAAAUCGAAGUGUCAGGGCUUUGUUUGGCAUCUAAACUAACACUCGCGUCCAGUUUAAAGGGUGAGCAUUUUUAAGGUCGUGUCAGUGACUAAAAAAUGAAAACAAGAGUUUGGAGAAAAACUUAUGUUUUGGAGUUGCUAAUGUGUUUUCAAUGCGAAGUUACUUUAUUCCAUACUGGACCAGACACGGAAAAUUGAGUAAAACCUUCAGUGCCUUAGUAGGAACUGGGACGAAGGGAAAAAUUUCCAGCUGAAGCUUUUUGCAAUUUUGAAGAAAUGUUUUCAGUAAAUUUUGCUCAUUGAAAUAGAUAUACUGUGUUGCAAAAGUGUUUGUACCCAAAUUGUCAGUUUGUAUCAAAUUUUAAUUUAUUUAUUUCAGGUUUCGUAUGAUAGACCAAAACAAUGAGGCGCAAAUUUGCGGAGACAAAAACGAUAAAUGGUUUCCAACGGGUUUUUUUUUUACAAAAGAAGAAAAAAAAAGUGAGUUUGUACUCAACCACAUGUACUCUGACACACAUAAAUAAAAUCCAGGAAUCUCCUAAUUGGUAAAUAGUCCAGCUGUUCAGAGGGUUUGCUACAAAAAUUAUUCAACAAACAGAAUCAUGAAAACCAAGAAAAACACUGGGCAGAUAAAGACUUUUAAUGCCCAAUGUGAAGAGCCGUGGUGGCAGCAUCAUGGUGUGGGAGCGCUGUUCCUCCAGAGUGGCAGGAAAGUCGGUCAGAACUGAUGGGAAAGUAAAUACAGAGCGACUGUGGAAGAAAACCUGUUAGUGGAGGCAAAGAUCUGGAACUGUAGAGAGGAUUCCCGUUCCAGCAGGACAACAACUCUGGACAGAUGGCCAAAGUUACAAAUGAAUGAACAUGCUGUGACCCGAGACAAAGUACUGACCUAAACCUAAUUGAGAAUCUGUGCCACAGCUUGAAAACUGCUCAGCAAAAAUGUUAUACAAAGUAUGGAUUCAGAGGGAGCUGAAAACAUAUGGACAACAAAACUUCCAGAUUUAUUUCUUGUAAAAACGUUGAAAACCCGAGAAUCAUUUUACAUUCACAGCCGUAUGCUGCUUUGUGUCGGUCUGUUUCAGAAAAAGAAAAAAAAAAAUGUUUGUGGCUAUAAGGUGACAAAAUGUACUAAAAUUCAAGAGGUAGGAAUCCCUUUGCCAGAGUCAAAAGACGUCAGUAGACAUGAAAAUGAGGACAUGAGUCAAGAACAUUUUUUAUUAGACAAGUUUUUAUUCCCAUUCAUCUGGCCUUUGAAUGGCAUGUCUGACGCUGUCAUCAGUCUGACAGCACAAGCAGCGGUGCAGGUGGCUGGAGCCAGACCAAGGAGCGCAUAUUUUCAUCAAUAUUUACACCUUGCAGGGUGACUGCAGCCUUUUAGAUUGAUUCUGCUUCAAGCCACAGAAAACUAGUUGUGCCACUGACGCUUGAAGGGGGGGGGAAACGGAGGGAGAAAUGCUGACCCAAACUGAGCCCUUAGGACUUGGUCAGAGUCGAAAGAUAAUUACAAAUAUCCUGGAACAGGGGCCAGGCUGCUUGUAAUAGCAGGGGAAUAAGGAAAUGCAUUUUUUGGUCGUUUUACAACACGCCUAAUAAAAACCGACUCCAAUUUUGUCUAAGUAAAACAGGCCUGAUUCCAUAUAUUUGGCCCUCGAGUCAGAGGCAUCACAAGGCUUUCAUUGGCAGCAACAUUAAUGGGAUGUCUCUUUUAGGUUGGGAUCUGAGUGAUCAGGAACAAGCAACCACAACAUUAUGGUUUUAUUGUAUGUCUUAUCAAGUUUAAAAACAGCCUUUUUAAUAACAUCAUUAAUAAAUAUACACAAUGUUGUGAAAGUUCCAUAAAAGCAUCCUCACAGAGUACAAAUGCUGGGAAAGAACACCAAUUUGAGCUUCUAUUUUCUUUUUUUUUUUUUUGCUCCUCCGAGUUUUAUAUUAAGAUUACAGAAAAUUAACUGACAGUCAAAUAACGAGAAACUUUGGAUUUACAAUACAUGAUGGGUUAGGCUUCAGUGGUUUGAUGAGGGUUGUACCGUUCUGCAUCCCUUUAGUGAGCACCUUGCAAAUGUAUGCUGCAGACAUCGUACCCAUUUGGCAAAAGAAAAAAAACAAAACAAAGAAAAACAAACAUAAAAAGAAACAUUCAUCAAGCAAAGGUAAAGAGAACAGAUGUAAAAAGUUACUAUCUACAUGAGAUGUGCUCCAGAUCUGUGCUGCAAAGGCAGGACUUGCUACACGGUGAUGACAUUCGACAUUCAAGCUUUCCCAACUCUGGGAACAGGCCUCAUUUUACCAGCUCAGUACAAGCACACAAAGGGUAGCAAAGAAAACGGGAGCACAUUAAGUAUCUUUAGAGGCCAGAUCAACGAGUUGUUGUUUUGGACCAUUUCUUCUCUCAGAUCAUUACCCUUGCUCCUCCAUGAGACAAAACAAAAUUAAUUAGUGAGAUCUGAAUGUGCUAGUAGGGGGGAAAUUUGUCACAAUUUGACGGAGGAAGAAAAACUGUUGCCUGUAGUUUCAGAUUUAAUGACCCAAGUGCACAUUAUAGUCAGAAGUUUACAUACACUCCUCAUGGACAUGAUGGACAUUAAUUUGAAUAUUUUAAUGAUGCAGUUUGAACAUCUGGAAGGGAUGGUUUUUUGCCCUUGCAACUUCAGUAAUGCAUAAAAAAAAUUGCUGCAUAAGUUUCGCUUAAAUAUCUACAUUUACACCCCAAAGCUUCUGACAAGAUCCUGGCUGAAUAUUGGACAACUCUUCAUAGCAGAAUUAAUGGAGAUUAUUUUAUAAUCGGUUUGUUUCCCCUCACUGAAACAGCUUAAAGCACUAUAUUCACAUUAAUUGUAAGGGUUCCUAUACAGUUCCUAUGUGAAAGUUUAAACUUUUCCACCAGGAAAGAAUAACGGGAAAAAUUUUACUCGAGGAAGGAAAUAACGAAGUGCUCAGGGAAGUGAGGGAGCAAGCGACAAAGGAAGUACAUGUAAAACAAACUGGGGACUGAAGGCAGAAGAAAUAACAUGUCAUCAGACAAUGGUAUAGAGAUUAAAGUCUGGAAAGAAAAUUAUUUCUCCAUACUUAUAAAUACCUAAAAAAAAAACUCAAAUCAAACCAAAGUCUGCCUAGGAACACUAAUCAGGGUAGAGGGCAGAAAAAAUAAUGCAAGCCUUCAACAGCAUGUUUGAUCUGGUUUGGUAUUGUACCGUUGAAACACAAAACUGUGUUCAUGUUUUCGCGGUUUGGGUCAGAACUAUCAGAAGAAAGGAAACUCGGAAGGAUGUUCAAGAACCACUAAGCCUCAAUCACACACAACAACAUGCUGGAAUGUCAGCAUCAUGGUCUAUAGCAAACUCAGCUUAACAUCAAGUGAGAGGGUUCUGAACAGCAACAACUGCACGGUCCAACAUCAGCACAUUCAAACCGGAACUUUACCCAUUCUACCGUGGUCAGAGGUCAAACAUCCAGCCUGCGUUGUGUGUGGAUCAUGCUGAUGGAUGAAAGGACAGUUGUUAAAGUAUAAACUUAAUCAGAAAAUAAUGUGUAAACGAAAAAAUAAAUAAUCCAAAAUAAAUUGAAACUUGCUCAACAAAUUAUUGCAUUUAAUAAUCACAGAAAUGUAAUAUUUUUACCCAUUAAUAUGGGAUUUAUGCUGAUGAGUGUAUAUAAAUCUCUGACUACAGUUGUAUAGACCUCCAACUGCAUCCAUAAUACAUUCUACUGAAACUGCCUGUUAAUUUUUGUGAUACUGAUAAUUUUCAGCCAUUUGGUUAAUAUCACUUCAUUAAAAAUGAUUCGAGUUGGACAGCAUGAUGGUUGGUUUUAUUGACACAUUUGAGGCAUUAUGGUGACCGCUAAAGUGAAUUCCCUCUGGAGGACGCAACGCUGCUAAGACAUGAUUGGACUGAGCUGUUGUCAUUUUGAUUUCCCAAAAGGCAGGGAGGUCUCAAAGUUUCCACUAGAUGUAAAUUUGCACAUUUGAACGACAUUUAAAAAAAAAAAAAAAAAAAA